UGACUCUCUCGUCUCGCUCGCUUCGCACAAGUCGCACAGCUCGACUUCGCAUAUCCGCGGGCUCACCUAGUCAUUUGGUGCGAGCACUCGGCCGCGGACGUGUUCCGGUCUCACUCUCUGCCUCGUGUUCAACGUACAGAAUUCAGAAUUCGUGGAAUAUUGUUGAUAACGCGUGUACCAAGAUGAAGGACAUUCGCGCGCAGUUUCAGAAAGAUGGUUAUGUCAUUUUCGAAGACUUCUUUCAACCGGAAGAGAUCGAAGAAUUGAGAGCUUGUGGAGAAGAAUUUACAAAUAAGUUGCCACCUGAGUCAGAACGAAAAGUAUUUAAUACAGUACAAUUACAACAGAAUAAGGAUAAGUAUUUUUUGGAUAGCGCUAAUAAAAUAAGUGUUUUUUUCGAGUCUGAAGCUCUGGAAGAAGACGGAAAAUUGAAGGUUCAUCCAAGAGUGUCGUUAAACAAAGUAGGUCAUGCUCUUCAUUGGUUACACCCUACUUUCAAAAAAUACACGUUCGAUGAAAGAGUCAAAGAAAUUGCUUUUCAAUUAAACUAUGAGGAGCCGAUGGUGUGUCAAUCAAUGUACAUUUACAAAAAUCCUGGAAUAGGCUCGGAAGUUACGAUGCAUCAGGACGCAUCAUAUUUAUAUGUUGAGCCAAUGAAACUCGUGGGUUUUUGGAUUGCAUUGGAAGAUGCAACACUAGAGAACGGAUGUCUAUGGAUCGCCCCAGGUUCACAUCAGAGUGGAACACAUAGGCGUUAUAUGAGAAAUAAAGAUUCAAAUUCUCAAGAAUUACUAAUUUUCGACAGGCCAGCACCUUGUUAUCCAUUAAGUAAUUUCAGACCAGUUCCAGUACGCAAAGGAACUUGUAUUCUUAUCCAUGGUCAAGUGGUUCAUUUUUCUUAUCCAAACAAGAGUGAAACAUCGAGACACGCUUACACUUUUCAUGUGAUUGAGACGAAACAUGUAUCGUAUUCGAAGGAAAAUUGGCUUCAACCUCCUGCUGAAGGUUUCGCGAGUCUUUAUAAAAAUUAAAUAUAUUGUAUUAACUGUG